AGCAGCGUUUUUAGCUCAAUUGUGACGAAUUGUCGAGGGCUUGCACUUCGUCUUCUGGGUCCUUUCAAAAUCUUUUGCAUUAUUGGAUGACAUCUUAAUUAGCGGGAUACAAAUGGUUUUUCACCCGAAGGGAUAAAUGUUGCUAAGCAUACACCAAAAGAUGGCAUAAAGGGAUAAUGUGUCCUCUACAAUCAGUUGCAAGGACCUUCAACCAACCAAAAUCGAAUGUGUCCUUUUUAUUGUGUUCGCCAGCCUGUAAGGUGGAACGAUUCGCUCAAUUGGAUUCAGUGAUCUGCAGCCACCAAGUGCAUCGUCGUAUAGGACAUAAUGUCGUGCCUGUCGUUCCAUACUGGCUCACAUUGAUGUGAGGUCUGCUUCGUUCGCUGGCUGGUCUCACACAUCCUUCCAUCAUCCAAAUUGGCGCACCAGCUCCAGCAGGCAGAUCCUUUGAAUGCUUUGCAUCCAUGAGUGAUCGUAAUGUUGUACGUCAGAGGGGUCGUUUUGGCAGCCGUGCUGCUGACUGUAGCUGAUGCCAAGAACUUGCACGUGAUCUCCUCAGCACCAGGACUCGCCAGGGACAAGCACAGCAAUUGGGUGGUAAUCACAACUAUAAACUACCCCACGGACACCGUGAAGAGGCUUGCAAAAGCACCAGGAUGGCGAGUGGUGGUCGUAGCCGAUCAGAAAACGCCAAGAGACUGGCAGUUGUACAACGUGGACAUCUUAGACCUGGAGAAACAGAAGGAAUUAGACUACAAAGUUCUGGCGCUCCUACCUUAUAAUCAUUACGGGAGGAAGAAUCUGGGGUACCUGUGGGCCAUACAGCAUGGGGCGACUCAGGUGUACGAGACAGAUGAUGACAACGAGUUGAAGUUGGAUGAGCCCCCUGCUUUGUCAGGCCUGAGUUACUACGUAUACGACGCUUCAGGGGUGGAGGUGUGCAACCCCUAUGCCUUCUUUGGGCAGCCCCAGAUAUGGCCUCGCGGAUACCCUCUGGAGCACAUCAAAGGCGCUCCCUCCUGCACCAAUUUUACACGCCAGCCUGCACAGCCUCUCAUCUUGCAGGGAUUGGCUGACAUGGACCCUGACGUGGACGCGAUAUAUCGCCUGACACAGCCGCUUGGAAUUGCGUUUGAUUCAAAUGUCCCUUUGGUUGUGUUUCCCCAUGGCGUGAUGGCACCCUUCAACUCUCAGAACACCCUCUUUGCCAGGGACGCGCUUUGGGGCCUGCUGAUUCCAGUGACCACAACAUUUAGGGUGUGCGAUAUCUGGAGGGGGUAUUGGGUGCAGCGACUACUCUGGGAGAUUGAUGGAAAUCUGGCGUUUGGGCCUCCCACUGUCAACCAGUUCCGCAACCCACACAACCUGCUGCAUGACAUGGCGGAGGAGGCGGACCUCUACGCAAAGGCGGGGGACCUGGUGAAGCUUCUGAGCAGCUGGCGCGGGGCAAGUGUCAAGAAGCUGCCCGACCUCAUUGGUGAUCUGGCUCAAAUCAUGGCCGACAGUGGCUUCUGGGAGCAGGAUCUCAAAGCUGUUGGCUAUCGCUUUCCGAAGCGCCAGAAACGUCGGCCCGCCGAGCCGGCAUCGGUUGAAGUGGCACGAGCGCACACGCCGGCCUCUUGGCGGCGCUACGACGCCAUAAUCCUCGUCGUGAACUUCAACAAGGCAUACGACGGGAUGCUGAAAGUGUUGGAGCUGCUGCGGGAAGCCUACCAGCCAAUAUUCAGCAGGAUAAUUUUCACCGGGGGGACUCGCCCCUCGGAAUUCCCGGGGGAGGAGCGGUGGGUGGAGUGCGAUGGCAGCGGGGGUUCCAUGAUGCAGUCCUGCCUUGCCAACGUCAUGCAGGAGGUAGAAGCGCCGCAUGGUGGAGGUUACCUGAUGCUGGGCGAUGAUGUCAUCAUCUCCCACUGCCAGCUGGCAGCGUUUGAUCCCAAGAAGGUAUGGUUCCAGCGUGCGGUGGAGGCGAAGAAAGAAAAUUUACGCUCAUUUGUGGACGACAUGGCGGCCUUGGGCAACGGAGGCACAUGGGCAUUCUCACAUGACCAGAUCAACGCGGUGCACAGGGUGUUUAGACGGUUCAUGACGGGGCCGCUGCAGAAUCGAUUUGGCAAACAAAUCAGCCAAAAGCUAGGAGAGGACUUGGAAGAGGCACAUUUUGGAGGGGACAACACCGAUGUGUUCUACAUUCCAACGCACUUGUCGGCUGAUUUUCAAUUGGCAGCCGCGGCGUUUGCACAUGAGAGCAUGCUGGCAGAGAUUGCAAUCCCGGCCAUACUUGGCAUCAUUACCGAGGGCCCCCAUGAAUUCCAGGUUUUUAAGCCACUAUACUACUGGAAUGAAGCGCGACAUUCUGUCAUGCGCGAGCCAAGCAGGUUCCUUGUCCAAGAUGGCCUCGCCGGGCGCGCUUUCAUGUUGCACCCCUUCAAGCUCUCCGGCGCUGAUGCUGCCAAGGCCUUCUGGCAGUGGUGGGAAGCCCUCUCUUGCAGUGAUGGUGAGCCUCUCCUGGACGGAAACUGGGAGGGGACGGUGGGCGUUGGGGCAGGACCGAAUGGCAUUGUUGAUCAGGACGAAAAUCACAUGUAUAUCAACAUGUAUGCCCGCUGACAUUUUGAGGCAUUGCAUGGAGCAAUGAUGCAUGCCUUUUCCUUUCAAAGUAGGUUACUAAAGAAGUAGUACUUUGUUGGCUCAUAUAGCAUUUCCAUCCCUUGGAAUCUUGUUUUGUUGGGUUUUCUCCUAUAGAAGUCUUGAUAACUGCCAGUCCAAUGAGUCAUCCGAAUCGGAUGAUCCAUGUCUGUCCAGAAUAUGUAGAUGUACUGCACCGUGCAGUGAUUGUAUUGUGACAAGAUUUUGAAUAUCUCAUGAAAGCCGCUGAGAAGAGC